UGAUUGUGUCAAAAAUAUCUUUAUUGUGGUGGAUCAUGUUUGGGUAGGAGGGAUCAUUUUGCCCACAGGGCCAGCCCUGUGGGCAGCAGAUGAGCCAGAGAAACUUGUGUGUUACUGUGUGCGUGUGUGCAUGUGUGCUGCUGAGCUGUAAGCAGAAGAGCCCCGCCAGGCAGCCUGCUGAAACUGGGCACAGUCUCCCGUCCAACAGUUCGUCUCUCUUGUUUCCUUCAGAUGAUGCCUUGGAUUUAGCCAACCCACACAAGUGCUAUGAAUAAGACACUGGACAAAAUACACACUUCUGGAGGACUCGGACAGAAAGCAGAGAUUUUUCAGAGUGGCAAGGGUAAUGAGAGUGUCUUCCCCAGCUCAGCAAUCAUCCCAGUGGAAGAUCCUUCACUCACUCCAAAUGCUCAGAGGACUAGGACCAAGUUUUGCAAGGGGAACAGGAAUGUUAGAGAGGGGGAGGACUCUUUAUCUUCCUCUGUUCCAAACCCCUUCCCUGAACUUCUACCUCCAACUGUUUCCGGCUCCAUCUCUGAAUGUUUAUUGCCUUGGACAAAACCUAAUGCAACUCAGGUGAUAAAAGUGUAUGAUGAAAACAACACCAGCAAGGCUGUAGAGGUGCCCACUGACGUCACCGCCAGGGACAUAUGCCAGCUAUUUGUCCUGAAGAAUCACUGCAUUGAUGACCACAGCUGGACUCUUAUUGACCACCUCACCCAGCUAGGAAUAGAAAGGACCAUAGAAGAUCAUGAAUAUGUUAUGGACGUGCUAUCAGGCAAUGGGAUGGAGACUGACAGUCGACUGUAUUUUAGGAAGAAUUAUGCUAAAUAUGAAUUCUUUAAGAAACCGCUGGACUUUUUCCCAGAUCAUAUGGUUUCAAUAUCAACAGAAACUAAUGGCAUUGUGGAUCACUCCGAGCUUAUUGAGACCUUCCUCAAAUCCAGCACUUGUCCUGAGAUCCAUGGCCACCUUCAUGUCAAAGAGCAAAGCAAGAAGUCCUGGAAGAAGUUUUAUUUUGUUUUACGGAGGUCAGGGCUUUAUUUUUCCACCAAGGGAACUUCUAAGGAACCAAGGCAUCUCCAGUUCUUUGCUGAUUUCGCAGACAGUGACAUCUACACUGUUUUAUCAGCCAAAAAAGCGCAUGGAGCACCAACAGAGUUUGCUUUCUGUGUCAAGGCUACAAAGUGCAGUUCAUCUCGUGAUUUGAAACUGCUUUGUGCGGAUGAUGAGCAGACCAAAACCUGCUGGAUCACAGCCAUGCGCUUGUUAAAGUUUGGGAUGCAACUUUACCAAAACUUCAUUCAGCCUCAUCAAAAGCAAAAAGUCUCACCAAUGAGAAGCAUCUCUGAGAACUCACUGGUGGCCAUGGACUUUUCUGGUCAAAAGACUCGAGUGAUCGAGAACCCGUCUGAAGCUCUCUCUGUGGCUGUGGAGGAAGGCCUGUCAUGGAGGAGGAAAAGCUGCCACCGUUUGAGUGGUCAUGGGAGCCCCUCCUCCACACAGAGCUCAGUUCCAAACCUAGCAAUCCACUUGGCUCAGCCGUGGUUCCAUGGAAAGCUGUCUAGGGAAGAAGCUCAACAUUUAAUUACCCAGCAGGGUCUUAUUGAUGGAGUGUUCCUUCUGAGGGACAGUCAAAGCAACCCAAAGACGUUUGUUCUCUCACUCUGCCACAUGCAGAAAAUCAAACACUUUCAGAUUCUACCAGUGGACGAUGAAGGGGAGCUGUUCUAUACUUUGGAUGACGGUCACACACGAUUUACUGAUUUGAUCCAGUUAGUGGAGUUUUACCAGUUAAACCGUGGGACUCUCCCCUGCAGACUGAAGCAUCACUGUAUCCGGAUCACCCUGUGAAAUGGACACUCAAGACUCCCCAAUGGGCCCUUCACUCUGGAUUUUGUUGGACAAUUUUUUGCCUUACAGAAGAACAACGUAGAGACUAUGGUUUUCACAAUGUGGAACAUUCUCCAUCUUACUUUUUCUCUUUCAGGAAAGGUCAGCUUUCAGAAUGGACUGCAUAACCAUUAUAGAUUGCAAAUACGAUUAUUUUUUAACUCAGUUGUGUCUCUACAUGUAUUGGGAAAUCUAUUUUGCAAAGCCUAAUCAUGAUGUUUUGCUCUAAAAAGUGUGAAAUUGUGUCACUUCACAAUAUAAGUGAAACUUUUUUGUAAUAGCUGAUUUUCUAAUGGUGUACACAUACAAUAUUACUGAAACUCCUUUAUACUCUACAACCACAAACUAUAUUAUAUUUUAUUGGGAUUUGUUUUUCUCGGUAUGCCAACAUGCAUAAUGAUGAAAGAGAAGUUUUUCUGAAAAUGUAAAAAAAAAAAAAAGUGAAAUUUCUCCCUUUGCAAUUACAACUCCAAAUGCUUUGGAAGAUGUAUCUAAUGAUUAACAUUUUCACAAAAUAGCUUGUCAAGUUUUCAGUGACCUCAUCUGACCACAGCAUUUUUCUUCCGUUCUUCCACAUUUUCUGUGUCUCGUAUAUGUCUUGGGGAAAACUCCAAAAAAAACUUCUUAAGAUUUUCUCCUUGCCAAUUUUCUGUAAAACCCAGAUUUGUGGAGCACAUAACAAAUACCUUCCCUGCCUUCAGAUUAUCCCACCUGAGCGGUGGAUCUCUCCAAUUCCUCCAAAGUUACCACAGGACUCCCAGCUGUCUCUUCUGAUGAAUGCAUUUUUGCCUGGCCUGCAAGCAAAGGUGGAUAACCAUGUUGGUUUGUAGUAUUACCACACUCUUUUCAUGUCUAGAUGAUGAUAUGAAAAGAUAUGAGACUUCCAAAGCUUUAUACCUGAUCAGUCUGCUCUUUCUUGGUCUUUCUGAUGUUGUUUGUUAAGAAAUGUUUUCUAACAAACCUCUUCAGUUGUUGAAUCAUACUAAGCACAUGUGAACACUAUUUACUAAUUGGUUGACUUCUGAUCGCGAUAGAUUGCUCCAUUUUUUUAUGGGCACUAGAUGGCUGCUGAGUAAUUACUACAUGCCACAAUUUAAAAAAAAUAUGUGCAAAAAAAGGCAAGCCUGCAAGAAAACUUUUAGUUAUGUGCAUCCCAAUAAAAAUAUAUUAAAGUUUGUGAUUUUAAAGUAGAAAAAAAUAGAAAAAAGUUAAGGUGAGUAACUAUUUUGGGAGGUAUUGUAAACAUGAUUCAUUUCAAAUAAAGAAACAUAUGCUUAAUUGCAUGCAUGCAGUUCUGAAAACAUCAGUAAGAACAAGUUUCAGCUGUUCAACAUAAAUAGGGCUAUUUUUUCUUAUUUUUGUACCUCUCAGUGUUCAGGAUUUUUUUUUUUAUUUGUUUAGUUGAGAGAAACAGCCUCUCAAGAAAUAGUACAGCGUUUUAAGCUGCAAAACAGAAACAAAAGGAAAAUGGUGAGAGAAGUUUGUCUUUCUGUAAUUACUUCUGAGCUUCCUUAAGAACAAGAGCAACAAGGUGUAUCUUACAGCUUUUACCUUUCAGUCAUUAUGAAGAAAUUGUGUAUAACCGAUUUUGAUCAUACUGAAUUCACCUGUAAAAUAAAAUGAGCCCCUUUGGA